AUGACUGCAGUAAUCACGCAGCAAGUGGAAGAGAAGGGAGAUGAUAAUUCAUGUCACCUGGCUUCGCUAAUAUAAGUUCUCUCGUGAUAGAAUUUCUUUACGUGCCUUGGAUAUCCAAUUCCAGGACGGUCUAGCUCAGCAGUUUGUUGAUAACCCUAAACAUGCUACGUUUAAUUGUUCCGCACUGUUUGUUAGCAGCACUGCUUCUCGUAGUGUCGGUGGAAAUCCUCGACACAAGGGCGGAAACCUUCGGCGACGUGGAGCCGGUGAACGAUGCUGCCUCGUGUUCGGACGUACGGCAAAUAUUCGCUAUAAAACAGAUAGGCAAAUCCCGUCAAGUACCGGAAAGAGAGAUUAAAGGGGAUCAUUUGGAAUUAUGCCCGUCCAACAGAUCAUGCUGUACUCAGGAUAUGGAAGAAAGCUAUAAAAAGGCAGCAAGAACAGACUUUCAGCUUAGACUUCAGAGCACCGGCUCCUAUCUGAAAACGCUGAUCACGACAAGCACCAACCAGUUCUUAGAAAAAUUUCAAGAUAUGACGAGGCUUGCAGAAAACAACACUCAAACACUGUUUUCCCAAACUUACCAGAAGAUGGAGUCUGUGGCUCGUUUACCAACUGAGCAGUUGUUUGCCGAUCUUUUGGCUUACCUAAAAGGUAAGGACACCAAUCUUGAAGUGCACGUUGCCUCUUUCUUCAGAUCUCUCUUUCCCAUUGUUUAUCACUAUAUCAUCAACCCAGAUCUCAAAGAAGUCAGUGAUGACUACAAGACCUGCUUGAAAGAGAAAACAUCGGAAAUUAAACCGUUUGGGGACAAACCCAUGCUUAUUUCUCUUCAGAUUGUUCGUUCAUUUGACGUUGCUCGUUCUCUUCUACAAGCUUUGAAUCUUGGUGUAGAGGUUAUAAACACUACCGAACAUAUGGACUUUGGGCCAGAUUGUAAUAAGGCUCUUGUAAGGUUAACGUAUUGUGCUCACUGCCAACGGCUAGUUUCAUCCAAACCGUGUAGUGGGUUCUGUUUGAAUGUGGGUCAUGGAUGUUUAGCUAAAGUAGCAGAACUUGACAAACCAUGGAGUGAUUACGUGAGUGCAUUAGACCGGGUGGCAACUGGAAUGGCUGAUUCCUCUAAUAUUGAAAAAGUGAUGAAUCUUCUGGAUGCUAAAAUAUCAGAAUCCAUAAUGUAUGCGAUGGAAAAUGGACCUGAAGUGACAAAGAAGGUUAAGAAUGCUUGUGGCCAUCCAAAACGGUCAACGAGAUCUUCGUCAGAAGUAACGGACUCUGAACAAGAAACGAACGGACGAAUCAUAACCUCACGAUCUGUGGUUUCUACCUGGCAUUCACAACUCCAAAAUUUCGUGAAGAAACUGACGGAAUCCAAAGGGUUUUAUGCUAAUUUAGCGGACAAUAUAUGUAGCGACGAAACCUUAGCAGUGCAAAGAGAAGCGAAUUGUUGGAAUGGAAAUGAACUCGGAGUGUAUAAGAAAACAAUAGCAGGGAUCGGAGUAGCGGCACAGAAGUACAACCCAGAAAUGACUCCAACGAUAGCGGAGGAGCUGGCUGUUACUACAUUGGUUGAUAAGUUACUGCACAUGAGAGAGUUAUUGGACAGCAAAGUGGACUCCAUUCCUAAAUCAAAUUCUCUGUUCGUCCGAGAAUCUGGAAGUGGUAGUGGCUUCUACUACAACACCGUCGUAGACGACGAGGAUUACUAUGACUAUUAUGGCUCUGGAAGUGGAGAUUUAUGGGGUAGGUUCGAUUUUUCAUCGGGCAGCGGAGACAGCAAUUCUUUCAUCACAUCUAUUCCCAUUCCUACUGAAGAAGAAACAGGUGUUACUGAUAAAGAAGAACAUGAUAUACAUUUCACUCAUGGUACAACAGAAACUACUAAGGGAAAAGAUAAAGACAGUUCAUCGGAGAAGCUUUUUGCUGGAGCCAUCGCUAUUUACAGUUGCCUCGUGUUUCUGGUUAUGCUAUAGUUUCUGCAGCCAACUUAAGUCAAAGGUCACCAGUGCUCGUGCUGUGUGGAAGUAUAAAAAAGACAGAAAGCUGUUAUAUGUACGUUGCCAUGUAUUUUGCAAGCGGUUAUCCUUGCAAGACUUCUUUAAAAAGGCUACGUUUAAUCUAUUUCUGACUAACUUAAUAUGAAAAACUAUGUGUCGCCUUGCCUCUUUGAAUAAGGCUUUCGCGAGUUGAUGUACUAAAACCAAAACUUUCCUGAAAGUGAAAGGUUUAGCAAAAAUACUUCCAUUGUUCUUUAUGUAAUAUCUCCACACAGAGAAGAUGGAUCCUAUUUUGUUCUGUUUGUGACACUUCUUAUCGUUUGCUUUUGUUAUUGUUUAUUAUUCAAGUGCCAUUUUCUAUUUUUCUGUUUUUAUUUUUACUGAUUAGUAAA